GCCGAGUUGUGCGAGGUGGCGACACACGCUCGCGGAGCUCGUCAGGGAUGUGCGGCUCCCCGGUGUGUGGCUGCGGUGGUUAUGGGUGUUGUGCUGCGCUGAGUUGAGAGAGGCGACGAGGACUCCUGUCCGUCCUCCCGGCCGCUCCGCUGUGAUGCUCGUCGUGGUGCUGUCUGUGAGCGCGCAGCCUGAGAGACUCGCGUCCCCGUGCCACUGUGCUGUGGCGCAAACUUAGUGUUUCUGCGUCCACUCGUCAGGAGCACAAGCGCGCCGACGAGUGAGUCGUUCCCGGCGUCGGACGUGGCGGUCAUGGUGUGGCGGUCGUGGCAGGAGGUGAGUGAGCUGAGGAAUUGCGCAGAGGGUUUAUGACUGAGGCCCAGAGGAGAGGAUAACGAUGGAGGAAGCCGCCAGCCAGCUGGAGAGAGACCACGUGCACAGUGUCUACGAGAAGGUUGCGCCCCACUUCAGUGAUAGCCGCUACAAGGCCUGGCCCAAGGUGCGACAGUUCCUGCUGGAGCAGGAGCCUGGGAGCAUCAUUGCUGAUGUGGGCUGUGGAAAUGGCCGGUACCUCAGCAUCAACGACGACGUGUUCAAGCUGGGCUGUGACGUGUGUCGACCCUUGGUUGAGGCGGCCCGCUGCCAGGGCCAUGAGGUGCAGGUGUGCGACGGACUGCGGCUGCCCUAUCGACAGGGCUGCUUUGAUGCAAUCCUGUCUAUUGCGGUGAUCCACCACCUGUCCACAAAAGAGCGCAGGAUCCGGGCCAUAAAAGAGAUGGCACGCACUCUGCGAGUUGGUGGCCGCCUCAUGAUCUACGUGUGGGCUAUGGAGCAGAAGAGGCGAAAGUUUGAGAAGCAGGAUGUGUUCAUCCCCUGGAAUCCAAACCCACCCGCUGCAACCUCCAGCUCAAGGAAGACCAGGAGGCAGGCAAUCGGAACAAGCUGCAGUAUAGAUGGUGAUGAUGACAAGCACAGAAAGGCCAAAAGCACAUCUUCCGUGGUCGAUGAAGAGGACGUAGUGACUACUGUCCACCAGAGCACCUGCAGCCGAUGGUCUUUUUCUAGAUCCCUUGACUCAGUAUUGGACUUUGGUGGCUUGGCCGUGUCCAGGUCCUCCAUCCGGGAACUCAACAAGUCCUGCUCAGACGGAGGGGAGCUGGAUGGCCCCAGGGUUAGUCGGCGCACCCGAGGUGUUGAGCUGAUAAGGCAGUUCUCCGGCCUCUUCUUCUCACGGAACGACUCAGAGGAUGAUGUCUUUAGCUCAUCCACAGAUCUGGGGGAUCGAAGGGAAAAGGCUAACCACAACAGUGGUACCCUUGAGAUGCAAGAAAGCUCUGCUGCAAUUGUGAAUGACUGUGGAUCCAUGCCCUUACCUGACCUGGUCCCUCACCAGAGAGAGAGCUCCAUAGGCAUCUCAAGUGGAGAGCACUUAGGCUCUGAGGGGAGGUCCUCACAGUGGCAAGGCAGUGAAGAAUGCCUUGGAGAGGGGAAAGAGGAGGUGAAGGCCAUCGACUCUUACUUGCGGUACUACCACGUCUUCAAGGAGGGGGAACUGCUGGAGCUGAUCGAGAACCAUGUGGAGGAGCUGCACAUCCUUCAGAACUACUUUGACCAUGCCAACUGGUGCGUGGUAGCUGAGAAGGUCCAGAUCUGGAAGAUCUAAGUGGGUGUCAUAGUAUUUCUUAAUUUAUUUUACAAGCUGGAAUUUCAUCAGUAUUUAUUUUUUACAUAAGCAGAUGUUU